UCACCUAUUCUCACUCUCUUCCUUCUACUUUCUCUCCCUUUCUCUUUUUUUGCCCCCCCACCCCCUCCCUCUCCUGUCACAGCUGUAGCUCUCUCCUCUUCUCUUGGGUUCCUGUGCUAAUUAUGUGAGUCCUGGGGGGAGGUUGGUGGAGAGAGGCUCACAGAGCAGCUCAGUCUCAGAGCAUCUCAGGCACCAGCUCAGCAGCUCUGUGUGACCAAGGUGGCAGAGCUGAGGAUACAAUGUGAGCAGCUGGAGACUGGAUACAGCGCAUGGCUCUGCACUCACUCUUUGUACAUGCCACGAUAAAAUUGUAAAGUUGCCGCAGAUCCGAGUGGCUGGAGAGAGAAGCCCGACCCCAGAAAGUGAGGAUGAGGUUGCUAUGGAAACUGCUGGCGUUUCGAUGGUUUGUGUGUCUUGCAGAUGAACUCACUUUGCAAGGCCCAGUCUUUGCGCAGGAGCCAGCAAAUCUAAUUUUCCCUCUAGAUUCGGAGGAUCGGACUUUACGACUGGCCUGUGAGGCACAAGGACAUCCAAAACCUGUAACCCGAUGGAGAGUAAAUGGAUCUCUAUUGGAUGAAGCCCAGGAUUACCGGUAUCGAAUUCAAGACAGAAGUUUAGUGAUCAACACUCCAGAUCGGAAUCGGGAUGUCGGAACUUUCCAGUGUGAGGCCACCAACAUAGUGGGGACAAUCCUCUCUCGGGAGGCUUUUCUUCAGUUCGCAUAUCUUGACUCGUUCCAGACCAUGACACGCAGUACGGUGUAUGUACGAGAAGGGCAAGGCAUGGUGCUGCUGUGCGGCCCUCCUGCCCAUUCUGGAGAAUUGGUAUAUGCUUGGAUCUUCAAUGAGUAUCCGCCAUUCGUUCAGCAGGACAACCGCCGAUUUGUGUCACAAGUGACCGGGAAUCUUUACAUCGCAAAAGUGGAACCUUCUGAUGCAGGAAAUUACACCUGUGUGGUUACAAACACUGUGACUAACAGUAGGGAAUUGGGGCCGAGUACUCCUCUGACUCUUAGGACAGAUGGCGUAAUGGGAGAGUAUGAACCUAAAAUUGAGGUGCAUUUUCCAGAGUCUGUAGCAGCAGCCAAAGGGUCUACAGUCAAGUUGGAGUGUUUUGCUUUGGGGAAUCCAGUCCCGACCAUCACAUGGAGGAGAGCAGAUGGGAAGGCAAUCUCUCGCAAAGUAAGAAGACAUCGCUCCAGUGGAGUUCUGGAGAUUCCUAAUUUCCAGCAAGAAGACGCUGGACCUUAUGAGUGCGUUGCUGAGAAUACACGUGGCAAGAACAUGGUUCGAGGGCAGCUGACCUACUUUGCACCACCAAACUGGAUUCAGAAGAUAAAUGACGCUCACAUAGCCAUCGAGGAGAACAUUUUGUGGGAAUGUAAAGCAAGCGGUCGACCCAAACCUUCCUAUAGCUGGCUUAAGAACGGACAACGACUACAGAGCAAAGGACGUCUUCAGAUUGAACAUGGAACCCUCACCAUUACAUCUGUCAACAGUUCCGACUCUGGAAUGUACCAAUGUUUGGCAGAAAAUAAACAUGGAACCAUUUAUUCUAGUGCUGAGCUCAGAGUCAUAGCGGUCGGUCCUGAUUUCUCCAAAGCAUUUGUUAAAAGUGUGACUUUGGGCAAAGUUGGAGGAGCCAUCUUGAUUGAGUGUAAACCCAAAGCUUCCCCUAAACCAGCCAUCACUUGGAGAAAGGGCCGGGAGCUGCUGAGAGAGAACCCCAGAAUUGCACUCCUGGACGAUGGCAGUUUAAAGAUCUCGAACUUGACCAAAGCUGAUGCUGGGACCUACAGCUGCACCGCAAGCAAUCACUUUGGAACCGCCAGCAGUACAGGGACUCUUGUGGUCAAAGAUCCCACGCAGGUGCUGGUGCCACCUACCAGUAUGGAUGUCACAGUGGGAGAGAGUAUCGUUCUGCCGUGUCAGGUGUCACAUGACCACUCACUGGAUAUUUCCUUCUCCUGGGUAUUUAAUGGGCAGCUCAUUGACUUCCAGAAAGAUGGAGAACAUUUUGAACGUGUGGGGGGACAAGACUCAGCAGGUGAUUUAAUGAUCAGAAGCAUCCAACUGAAGCAUGCUGGGAAAUAUAUUUGCCUUGUCCACACAAGUGUAGACAAACUGUCUGCUGGAGCAGAUCUCAUUGUGAGAGGUCCUCCUGGGCCACCAGAUGCUCUAACCGUUGAAGAGAUCACAGACACCACUGCUCAGCUGUCGUGGAUGCCAGGAGUAGACAACCACAGCCCUAUCACUAUGUACGCAGUACAGGCUCGAACCCCCUUCUCUGUCGGUUGGCAGGCAGUCAGCACAGUGCCCGAGGUAGUCGAUGGAAGGUCUUUCACAGCCACAGUUGUUGGGCUUAGCCCGUGGGUAGAAUAUGAGUUUCGUGUCAUUGCCAUUAAUCAGAUUGGGAUUGGGGAGCCCAGUCCACCAUCAGACAAAAGAAGGACGGAGGAGGCACUUCCGGAAAUAACCCCUGCUAAUGUCAGUGGAGGCGGAGGCAGCAAGAGUGAGCUGGUCAUCACAUGGGAGCCUGUACCAGAAGAGUUUCAGAAUGGUGGAGGCUUUGGAUACGUGGUGGCAUUCCGUCCAUUUGGCACAGUCAGUUGGAUGCAGACUGUUGUAGCAUCAGCAGAUGCCUCCAGAUACACCUAUAGGAAUGAGAGCCUACCAUCUUUCUCACCGUAUGAAGUAAAAGUGGGAGUGUACAAUAACAGAGGAGAGGGGCCCUUUAGCCCAUUGACCGUGGUUUACUCUGCAGAGGAAGAGCCUGGUCGUGCCCCUGCAGGGGUUUUUGCACGGAGUCUAACUGCGUGGGACAUUGAGGCAUCAUGGAUAGGAGUACCUGGGAGCCUCAGCAAAGGGCGUAUUCAAGGAUAUGAGGUCCGGUACUGGAAGCAGAAUGAAAAGGAGGAAAGUGCCCGUAAACUGCGUACUUUAGGAAAUCAAACUUCUACCAAACUGAGCCAUCUGCAGGGUCACACGUUGUAUCACCUGAAUGUACGAGCAUACAACAGCGCAGGCACCGGUCCUGCCAGUUCCACUGUCAAUGUGACCACCAGGAAACCACCUCCUAGUCAGCCUCCUGGAAACAUAAUCUGGAAUUCCUCAAACUCCAAAAUAAUCCUAAAUUGGGACCAAGUGACAGCACAGGAAGAUGAGUCAGAGGUGAAAGGUUACAGAGUUCUCUAUCGGUGGAACAGACAGGGUGGAGCCUCCAUGAUAGAGACCAAUCAGACAUCAGUGGAGCUAUCCCUGCCAUUCGAUGAAGACUACAUCAUUGAGAUCCGGCCAAUCAGUGAGGGCGGAGAGGGCAGCAGUAGUGAACCUAUCCGUAUACCUCGAAUAUCCAGUGAGUGGGCGAUGCUUACGCCCAAGGAUCAGGCGCUUCCACAUCCAACGCCUGUACCUUAUCAGCCAUCAGCACCUUAAUGAUAUCUCUCACUGCGCGCUCCAGUUUAUGACCUCGAGCCUCUCAGACUCCCAGAGAAGCCCAUCAUGUUUUUGGAGAUCGGAUGUAUAAAUCUGCUCUACAAGUGAUGGCUCCGUACAGAAUAUUCUGAGAUCUCCCUCAGCUCCUGAGCUUCCUCCUCUCCCUACGGGGAGGAUCUUAUGCACUGACGACAUCUGGAAUACGAUGUUACCAAAGCAGUUUACAUGCCGUAUAUGCAUAUUUUUUAUUAUUAUAUAUCUAGUGUUUUAUAGAGUUUUUUAAGGUUAACAUGAUGUAGAUAUAUAUGUUUUUUGCUGUAAAAUGCUGCAGGUGUCUCAUACAAAUCUCUUCUGUCCUUCCUCUCCUUCAGUAACAAUUUAUUAACUUGGAACAGGCAUAUUUUAUACGUUAUAAUUCUUUUUAUCUCAUGUGUCCUGAACCCAUCUCAAAUCAUGACAUCUUUACAAAGAAAAUGAUGUCAGAUUCUGAUGAGAUACAAACCAAGUCCAGAUGUCCAGGGAAGAGUUGUGAAAAGAAGAAGCAUCCACAAAUUUGCCUGGGGUGAAACAGUAGCCUCAGCCUGAUCAAUGUAUCUGAUAAAUAUUGCCUCCUUUUGUUGCUGAGAAUUGACCAAAAUAAAUGUCUACUGAACAGUUUAGUUAGACCUUGAUGGCACUGGCCCUCUUGGUCCUCUGGUGUGUGGGUGAGUUAGGUAAGGGGUGAUAUCUAUCACAGUGAUACAUCAGAGGAUAUUUGAUUCUCCAGUACAAUAACAACUAGAAACCAAAUUUUAAAAGUUCAGAAAGAGUUUAUUGGGUAAAGUUCACACUUUGACCUAUGGUGUGAUGAUAAAAAAAAAGUGAGGAAUAGUUGAGUAAGUCAGACACGUAUCUGCCCUGGAAUGAUGUGAUACAAAAACGUGAUAUCCUUUUUUGUUUUUAUUUAUUAUCAUGCGGUUACUCAGAAGACAGUUACAGGAUUAUAAAAAGGAUCAAAGAUCCUAACAAAUGAGCCAUAGUUAUUUAAUAAGAGGCUGUGUGGCUUUAAUAAGACAUGUCCAGCAACCUGACCCUAUUUCUGGUUAGGUUAAUCAUCCAGCAACUUUUCAGGUGUAUCUCUAGGUAUAAUAGUGAUCAUCAUGUUUGUGGUGGGGGCUGCUAGCUUAAUUCUGUGAAAUAUCAGGUGAUUGUCAAAUAUUCCAUGACCUUUCCAUUCAAAAGUACACUUGACUCCCUGGGGGUACCUGAGACUGGUUUAGAAAGACAUUUUAUUGGAAAAGUGCUGUAAAAUAUCUAAAUCAGAGAACUGUGUUUUUUUAUAUAUAAAUAUAAAUAUAUAUAUAUAUUACAGAGAGUGUAUAAAAGUAUCACACAGCUAGAGUUAUAUAAUGUAUACUAUACUUGGCGGUGAUAUGAUAUGCUAUACAUAGAGGUGAUUUUACAAUUUACUAUAUCUAGAGAUUUAUAGGGAUUACUCAGAUGUUGGAGGAAUAAAUGAGGAGUGUUUGUGUUUAAACCCCCCAGGUACAAUGUCAUCUAUUUAUUUUAUUUAAAGGGCAUUAAUUGUAAAGGUCUUCAUGUAAAGCACUAAUUGAAUAUAUAUCUCCCCCAUUAAUUAACUUGCAUAUUCGGUGUGCGUCAAAAUAUUAGUCAUCUCCAAAUAUUUGGAUGACAAGGUCAGAUUCAAACUGUGUCUUCGCCUUCUCGUCUAUGGUGACUGUUGCAGAUGGACACAGAUAUGUGCACUUACCAUAGUAGCUGACAUAUUUGUAAUUUAUGCUUGGCCAAAUGAGGCUAAACUAUAAACUAAAUGUAGAUAUUAAUAUUGAUCUAUGUAUUUACUAGCAGUUUGUCAGGCAAAAGGUGUAGAUCAAAUUGGAUAGUCUAAGAUUUUACCAGGCAUUUAAAAAAAUAUAUAUAUAUUAAAUUGUUCAUGAGUUUUAUUUUUGUUCAUUUACACCUACUCUCACACUAGUGGUUUAUCAACAAGAUUGAUAAAACUAUGAACAUUAUUUUAUUAUACUUGAGGCUGCAUUACUGUAGCAUUAUCUCUUGUCUGGGACAUACAAUAUUAUUUAAAAAGGCUCAUUCCAGGCACCAAUAUGUUAGGUAGGUUACAGUCAGUUGCACGGGGUGGUUUUUAAUAAUUUUUACUUUCUUACGCUAAUAAAUCAUUUUGCAUUACAAGCUCAUCCUUUCUGCUUUUCGCUGUUGAUCUGUUGCAUUUUUUUUCCCUUUGCUCUGCAAAGAAAGCUGAGAUUUGAGCUGAGAUAGGACAGGUUUGACACAUCCAUAGAGUUCCCUGCAGGACUUGCACAGUUUGUGAUUUACAGCAAAAUUUAGGAACUUUAAAUGUGUCAGAGCACUUGUCAAAAUCAGUUGAUAGAUAUAUCACUAAAGUGUUGCUUAAAAUAUCUUGCCUUAUACAUGAAUUAGAAACCAAUCAUUGUUUAAACAAAUGGUACAAAAAUAUCUCAUGAGCACUUUAAUAAUUUGAAAAAAUAAAAAAUGAAAAGGACUCCUGAAUGGACAAAUUAUGUAUACACAUGAAGGAUGCACUUUAAGGGUUGGAAGGAGCUGCUUCUUCCCAAUCUUCUUAUUUCAGAAAGACUAAUAUUUCUCCCAUAUUUACAAUUUGCCAUUCUAGCUAUGUCUUUCUAACACUGAAAAUGGGCAGCCCUGAGAAUGUGAGCAGUGAAUGUUCAUAUAAACUAACAAGACAUAAGAACUCUAAUGGGUUAGUAGAAUUUGACAUUCCAUGAUAGCUGAUGUUUUAGCCGUGUAUAUGUGUUUCUUUCUUUCUUUCUUUUUUUUUUUUUUUUUUACUGUGACAAGCAGCGAGUGGCUAUUGGGAGUUGUGUGUUGUACUCAAAGGGUCACCCUGGCAUAGUUCCAGAAAAUAGCACUUAAAAGGGCAGCUCGUAAAAAGAAGAAAUAUAAUAGUAAGGUGACUUUGAAUUUUAAUGAAAAUUCUGUUGAUCUAUAAGAGUCUCAUUCAUUAAAUAAAUUGUAAAACACAUGCAGGUCACUCACCCUCAGAGUCUUGGAUGCUCUGUCCUAAGUUAAUUUCUCAUCAUCAAACACAUUGUAUCUUGUAGGAAAGCUUUCCUGGGUGACAACUGCAGCUGUUUUAAGUUGGGUUAUUUAAGAGCAAGUUAUUUGUACUCCUGGGCUGCGUGUGAUAAAUUUACAUGAAUGCGCUGUAUGAUGUGUUAAAGAAACAAUACCAUUUAUUAAAAUGAGACCUAGAAAGA